AUGCGCGGCAAGCACGCCACGAAGCCGAUCGAAGAGGUGAUCGCCGAGGCGAAGCAGCUCGCUGCCGACGGCGUGCGUGAGCUGGUCGUCGUCGCGCAGGACACGACCUACUACGGGAUGGACCUGUAUGGCGAGCCGCGGCUCGCGGAGUUGAUCCACAAGCUCGACGAGGUCGAGGGCCUGGAGUGGGUCCGGCUGAUGUACCUCUACCCGAUGUACUUCAGCGACGACGUGAUCGACGCGAUCGCGCAGAGCAAGAAGGUCGUGCCGUACAUCGACAUGCCGCUGCAACACGCCAGCGACGCGAUGCUCAAGCGGAUGCAGCGACGCGUGGCCAGCGGGCCGACCCGUGAACUCGUGCAAAAGCUCCGUGACCGCAUCCCGAACCUCGUGCUGCGGACGACCUUUAUCACGGGUUUCCCCGGCGAGACCGACGCAGACUUCGCGGAGCUGUGCGACUUCGUCGAGGAGUUCCGCUUCGAGCGGCUCGGCGUAUUUACUUAUUCGCUCGAGCCCGACACGCCCGCGGCGCGAUUGCCGAACCACCUGCCGGAAGAGAUCAAGGAACAGCGCCGCGACGAGCUGAUGGCGAUCCAGCAGCGCUUGGCGUUCGAGUGGGCCGACGCGCAAAUCGGCAAGCAGAUGGACGUGCUGAUCGACAACCCUGUGCCGGGCGAACGGGCCGCCUGGAUCGGCCGCACCGCCGCGGACGCGCCGGACGUCGACUGCGUGGCGUACGUCACGGGCGAAGGUCUGCAACCGGGCGACAUCGUGCCGUGCGAAGUGGUGGCGCGGAACGAUUACGAUCUGGUGACCGGGAACCACAGAUGGACACGGAUGCACACAGAUGAGAGCCCGCGAAUGACGCGAAUAAUCGCGAAUGAAAUGAACUUUGAUCGGAUUGCCUGCAACAUGAUUCGGAAGCUGAGCGAUCCGCCGAACGCGAUUACCGCUUCGCGGCUCGUGGUGACGGUGGCCUGCUUUGUGUGUUUGUCGCUUGGUUGGUACCGCGCGGGCCUCGUGGCGUUUGUGCUCGCUGCGGCGACGGACUGGGCGGAUGGUUACUGGGCGCGGCGGUGGGGGCCGAUCACGAAGCUGGGCCGCGUGCUCGAUCCGCUGGCGGACAAGCUGCUGAUCUGUGGCGUUUACAUCUAUCUGGCGGCGAUCCCCGACUCGCGCGUGCUGCCGUGGAUGACGGUGCUGAUCCUCGCGCGCGAGUUCGUGGUGACGACGCUGCGGGCUAUGGUGGAGUCGGCGGGCGGCGACUUCUCGGCGGUGUGGAUCGGCAAGUGGAAGUUCACGUUGCAGGUGAUCGCCGCGGCGCUCAGCCUGCUCUACGUGUCGCCAUGGCGGACGGCUGGCUGGCCGACGCCGGUGACGCUGGGCGCGGGACUCGUUGACGCGUUCGUGUGGGCGAUGCUGAUCGUGACGGCGAUCUCCGGCGUGACGUACACUCGUGCGGCGAUCGCGGCGAUGCGGUCGAGUCAGCCGACCUUGGAAUGA